CAAAAUUGGCAGAGGGGGUGGUGCUCUAUCCAGUUCUUAUAAUACAUCCAUGAGCGCGACGUGUGCCUCCAAAACAUUUAAUCAUCCGUUGAGGCAACUGAGACCAAUGGAGACCGCGACGCUGUCAUUGGUCAGUUAACGACUCAUUCCAGCAGCCACCUGCGCUCUGGCGGUGAAUUGCAAUACCAUACUGAAAACUGCAACGUACUACCCCGUCAAAGCGUGUGUAUGGUCACAGAGUUGGAUACACAGGGUACUAUCAUGGGACCCUAAGAGUGACAGAUAAAUCCAAAUUGAUCCUGAAUGCUCCUUUAGGCCUCCUGUGGAGGGGGGUUUGAGGGUGGAGGGGUAUCUAUAAGGUCGGAUAUCUGUUGCAAGAUGCAAUAUUAAGGCUAAGUGUGACACUUUCUCUUCAGAAAUUGAAAAUAAAAUAAAGUGAUACCUCAGUUAUUACAUUAUUGGUUGCUACACGCCUGUUAGCAUGUAGCUCACAGGGACGAGUCAGUUGUCUUUUGCUGUGUGUGUGUUUGGAAGUUUGUGGUGUGACGUUUCCUCUGCUGUCCAACGGUCUAAAUUUACACGGCUUCUCUUGAAGUUGAACUUCCUCAUCUUGCGUGACGAGUGAAAUCACGCAACUGUCACAUUUCCUUUCAUGGUCUCUGUUGUGUCCGGUCCGUUCAGAAGACGCACACAUGUGUCCGUCUGUCUGCCUGUCUGUCUGUCUGAUGUAGCUCUUUAUGCAAGUCAAACUUAAAACAGAAGAAAACACACACACAGAGAGGAAAUCUUCACACGACAGAGAACGACACAGAAUGUGUCGACUGGAGAUAAUCUUUAUGUUUGUGCUUCAGUCUCAAGGCCUCACAGGAGAUUCCGUCAGUCUCUUUCACAGACCUGGACAUGAAGUCCUUCUGCCGUGUGACACCUGGUCAGCGUAUGGUCCGUCGUGCUCCAGAAUACAAUGGUUACACGCAGAUCGACAGCUGCAGACAGUGACUUUGGUCGAGAAAGGUAAUGUAGUGAAGAGCAGCGUUCAAGCUGCCAGGCUGGACCUGAAACCCAACUGCUCUCUGCUCAUCAGCAACAACACGGCCGAGGACGCCGGUCAAUAUGCUUGUCGACUGGAUGGAGACCCUCAAUCAGACCAUAGUGUGUUUCUGAACAUUUUGACAAUCUCUCCGUUAGAACCGGAUCCUGGACUAAAGAGCAGCGGUGAUGUGACGCUCCAGUGCUCUCUGUUAUCACGCGUCGGUUUCUCCUGUGGGGAGAAGAACCUCCGCUGGUUGGACGAGGCAGGGAACGCACUGUUUGGUGAAAGUGUGGAUCACAGGGACGAGUGUGUCUCUCAUCUGACUGUGAGCCGUCAUCAGAACACGAGGUACACCUGCCAGUUUGUUGACAAGAACAACAAGCUGAAGAUAGAGGGCGACUACCCGCUGGUUUCCAAGGAUCACCUGCACGUCAUUGUCGCGGUCGCGGUCGCGGUCGCGUUGGUGCUGCUGCUGCUGGUCGUCAGUACGGUUGUUCUCAUCAAGUGCAGGGAAAGAAGCAAACGUAAAGACGGUUUGCAAACAGCAAUCCACCUCCAUGAGGAGACAGAGACCGAUGUGACGUACACGACUGUCACCCAAAUCAGUCAAAGAGCGCCCCCUGUGAAUAAGGGCAAAGAGGAAGAGCCCGUGACUUAUUCUACUGUCAAGACUCUGGUGAAAGCAGAAGUGGGCGACGCUUCACUGAAAUGAAAGAUGACGCUUCAUGAGACUUGAUGAUGCCAAUUGUGGCUGAAGGGAAGUUAAUUAUAUAUUAUUUUUUUACUGGACUCAGAAACACGAUGUCUGUCCACCUUUUCACAAACUAAUAAACAAACGUGCCCUUGGACAAAGAGGUCAAAGGUC